UAGACGAGCAUCAAGGCACGCGGCCUUCCGGCCUCACGCCAUUUCGUGCUUUUUAUUAAGAAGUAGCACAGCGGCGGGUGGUUUAGUACUGCGUCACUGCUUCAAAGUACUUCACGUUUCUCGAACCUUCGUGGAGUUUCAGUUUUUGUUUAGAGACUUGACACAAGUUGACAUGGGAGAUCCCACCAUGCACAGAGACUGCCCUCUUGACUGCAAGGUCUACGUGGGCAACUUGGGGAACAACGGGAACAAGACGGAACUGGAGCGGGCCUUUGGGUAUUACGGGCCACUGCGCAGCGUCUGGGUGGCCAGGAAUCCCCCUGGCUUUGCGUUUGUGGAGUUUGAGGACCCUCGUGACGCGACUGAUGCGGUGAGGGAGCUGGAUGGAAGGACGCUAUGUGGGUGCCGUGUCCGGGUUGAGAUGUCCAAUGGAGAGAAGCGAAGCCGGAACCGGGGCCCGCCCCCGUCCUGGAGCCGGCGCCCACGUGACGAUUACCGUCGCCGUAGCCCACCGCCCCGCCGCAGAUCUCCUCGUAGGCGGAGCUUCAGUCGCAGCCGAAGCAGAUCUCUUUCGCGAGAUAGGAGGAGGGAUCGGUCUUUCUCUCGGGACAGGAACCAUAAGGCAUCUCGCUCCUUCUCUAGAUCAAGAAGCCGUUCCAGGUCUAAUGACAGGAGGUAGAAGGUCUCUCCUGGUCUGAAAGCAAACGGUGGUCAUGAGUUUUGUGUAAUGGACUGUGAACUCUACAGGUUCUGUUCUUAUUUUUGAUUUUUUUUCCCCUAUUUUUUCGCUUGUUUUACAACAUGUGAGGUAUCUAGAUUCUUACAUGUAUACGUGGCUGUAUGCAAGAGAGGCUUUGAGUACCUGUUGUACCCCAGUAGCAUUCCGUUGCCACCUGCACAGCCAAGUAAACAACCCCGAAACAUUUUUUAAGUUCGUGUGGAGGUACCAGAUGAUACGAGCCAUUUGGUGAGCUAACAUCCUGUGUCCUGCAAUGUAGUUUUUUUUUUUUUUUUUUUUUUUUAAGGGAAAACUUGCAAGGGCUGCAUGUCUGUUCCAGUAUGAGACAGUCUCUACUGGGGCUUUUGUGCGUUCAAAUGAGUAGUUGGGGGGUGGGGGGGGGGGGGCAAGACUAUACGUGAAAUAGUGGAUGUGAGCUGAUUACAUUAUAAUAAUGCAGGUUUUGUCUUUUUUUUUUGCUGUUUGUACUGUUUGUAAUGUCUUUGAAUUAAAGGUGGUUAUAAAAUCGA